AUGGCUCCCUCUAUCACCCUCGACCAAACCUACCCUCCCGUCGUCCCCGAGUCCAACGAAACCCCCGCCGCGUUCGCUCCCACCAAUGACCUAUUCUCUCUCGCAGGCCGCACAGUCGCCAUCACCGGCGGUGGUCGUGGCCUAGGAAUGACACUGACCACCGCCGUCCUCGAAGCCGGUGGUGAUGUCGCCUGUAUGGAUCUUCUUCCCGAGCCAGGCGCCGAGGAGUGGAGUGCCGUCCAGAAGCUCGCCAAGUCGAAGGGUCUGCAGGCGACUUAUAACAAGUGCGACAUCACCGACGAGGAAGCUACCAAGGUCUUACUUGAGAAGAUCGCGACCGAUGGAAAGGCUCGUAACAUGCCCUUGCGUGGAUUGAUUACCUGUGCUGGAAUUCAGCAGAUGGUACCUGCUCUGGACUACCCUGUUGAUGGGUAUCGUAAGAUGCUUGAUGUCAACGUACUCGGAACAUUUAUUCCUGCCAAGCACUUCUCACGCAUCUUGGUUGAAGAGAAGGCCCCCGGAAGCAUCGUGAUGAUUGCCUCAAUGUCCGGUCAGAUCGCCAACCGGGGCCUGACAUGCACUGCCUACAACUCAUCCAAGGCCGCCGUCCACCAGAUGUGCCGAUCGGUCGCCCAGGAAUGGGGCCAGCACAACAUCCGCGUGAACACUUUAUCUGCCGGGUACAUUCGCACUGCUAUGACAGAUGCCCUGCUGAAGGAGAAGCCCGAAGUAGAAGAGACAUGGAUGCGCGGCGCUCUUCUCGGUCGCUUGGGCGCGCCCGAGGACUUCAAGGGUCCAACCAUCUACAUGCUGACUGAUGCCAGUGCUUGGAUGACCGGCGCCGACCUCCGUGUCGAUGGCGGACACUGCGCGUCGGCGUAG